UCUGGAGUGCUCGCCUUGCAUAAGAGAUUUCCUCCACCACUGCCAUCAUCAUUCUUUAUCACCGCUUUCUUUAUCACCGCUUUCAUAUACGAAGGAAGUGAAAAAGAAAAGCAACAAACUCCCUGAUCUCGAAUUAGGGGGCGAGAGUAGUAGUACCGCAGACCAGAGGAAGCGGCAGGGUGGACGAGAUAAUGUAGACUUUAUAGCCGCUGGACGCAUGAAACUCAGAAAAAUUAAAGCACCGUCCCCGGCAAGUCAAAACAAAAUCUAUGCCACUUCAUGGCGCCAGACAUCUCCCGCGCCUCCUACGACAAGUCUACGCCCAUCUCCAUCUCCUCUCCUCCUUUCCAAUCCCUACCCUUCCAAACCCAAGCUCCAAGACCUCCCCACCCUCCUCAGAUCCCUCCGCCAAUCCCCACCCCACCUCUACAUCCCACUCUUCCAGCUUCUCACCCGCACGCCGGGCUCCCUCCGCCUCGGCCGCCAGCUCCACGCCCACGUCACCCUCCGAGGCCUCCAAUCCGAUGACGUCCUCGCCGCGAGGAUCGCCGCCAUGUACUCCAGCUCCGGCGAUCUCCGUGCUGCCUCCCUCCUCCUCCGCCACACUCCCCGCCCCUCCUCCCUCCUCUUCAACGCCCUCAUCCGCGGCCGCUCCCUCUACGGCACCCCGGAGGACACCCUCAGGCUCUUCGACGAAAUGCUCUCCCUUGGUCUGUUGCCCGACCACUUCACCUUCCCGUUUGUACUCAAAUGCUGCGCCGAUCUCAGCUCCGUGCCCUUUGGACAGUCUGUCCACUCCCAAUGCUUGAGGCGGGGCCUCGAGCAGGACCUCUAUGCGGGGAGCUCCUUGAUCAAUAUGUAUGCCAAAUGUGGCGAGAUCGAUGACGCCCGUCACCUGUUUGAUUUAAUGAGUAUCAGAGACACCUCAUCGUGGAAUGGUCUUAUUGCGGGGUACAUGAAAGCUGGGGACUUUAAGGCUGCCGAGGAUCUCUUUGCGGCAUUGCCCAAUCGAAAUAUCGUUUCUUGGACUGCAAUGAUAUCAGGGUACUCUCAGAAUGGCCUGGCGGACCGUGCGCUGGCUUUAUUCGAGGAGAUGCGGCAGGGCGGUAAUGAUGUGAAGCCGAAUUGGGUGACAAUUGCAAGCGUGCUCCCAGCUUGCGCGCACUCUGCUGCGCUCGACCAAGGCGAGCAGAUUCAUAGCUAUGCGAGUGCCAUGGGCUCUGACUCGCAUCCAGUUGUGAAGAUUGCUCUAGUUGCAAUGUAUGCCAAGUGUGGGAGCCUCGUCAAAGCGCGCCGCUGUUUUGAUACGAUUGACAAAAAGGACAGGGAUGUUGUUGCCUGGAACGCCUUGAUCGCAGCCUACGCAUCGCAUGGGCACGGAGCUGAAGCCGUGUCGGCAUUUGAGGAAAUGGCAAGAUCAGGUGUUCGACCCAAUGAAAUCACAUUCACUGCGUUGCUCUCUGGGUGCAGUCACUCAGGGUUGGUUGAUCAAGGGUUAAGGUAUUUCGAUUGUAUGAGGACGGUUCAUUCGGUGGAACCGCGCUCAGAGCAUUAUGCUUGCGUUGUUGAUCUUCUCGGUCGAGCAGGUCGGUUGGGCGAGGCAAUGGAGAUGAUCGAUCGGAUGGAGAUCGAUGCCGGGCCUAGCGUUUGGGGUGCUCUACUCUCAGCCUGCCGGAUUCACCGUAACUUGGAGAUCGGAGAGGUCGCAGCGAAGAAACUGUUCGUACUGGAGCCCGAGAACAGCGGAAACUACGUCUUGCUUUCUAACAUGUAUGCAGAAUUUGGAAGGUGGGAGGAGGUGAAGAAGGUGAGAGGUCUUUCGAAAGACAGAGGAAUCAGGAAAAGUCUCAGUUGUAGCUGGAUUGAGAUCAAUGGGAAAGUCAAUGCAUUCCUCUGCGGCGACAGGUCUCAUCCGCAAGCGACAAGGAUCUACAUGUUGUUGGAAGAUUUGCCAAAGAAGAUCAAGAAUGCUGGAUAUGUGCCCGACACGAGCUUCGUUCUGCAUGAUGUGAGCGAGGAGGAGAAGGAAUGUAAUCUGACAACCCACAGCGAGAAGCUGGCGGUUGCCUUCGGGCUUCUGAACGCAGGCCCUGGUACAGUCCUGAGAGUGACUAAAAACCUACGUAUCUGCGGAGACUGCCACAUGGCCAUUAAAUUUAUUUCAAAGAUCUAUGACAGAGAAAUUAUUGUGAGGGAUGUGAACCGAUUCCAUCGUUUCCAAGGUGGGCUGUGUUCUUGUGGAGAUUAUUGGUGAAAGUUGAGAAUUGAACUCAGGCUAUAUAAUUUUCUUGAAACACUGUUGGAUUCUUUUCUGUCUGAAAGCUCAGCAAGUGGAGAACAUCCUAAGCGGUUGGAUAUUUGAAUAGCAAGUUGAACAUGUAUUGUGAAUUAGGAACAAUUAAGUAGUGUUCUUGAUUACAAAAUGAAUAAUUGUGGAAUAUGAUGCUCAAGAUUAUGGGCUUAUUAUGGUU